AUGGCAAAAGCAAGCAAAAGAGGAGGUCUGAAGCGUGAGUCUGCGGACCUCGAACGUCGCCGUGGCGUCGCAGUGCUGACCGGCGGCCAGACAUCUUCUCUGCAGGGAGCGAGCGCCGCGAACCUGAAGUGCACCUGGAAAUCAAGAUACAACCUGAUGAUAGCGGUGAGCGCUGAAGCACGAUCGCUGAAACACACUCACGCAGUCGCUAGCUUGUGAAUAAAGGCUUGCCGGUCUGACUUGACCUCGCUCGUUUGUCUCCGCGCUUACACCCCAGGAGAAAGCUCGAGUGCACGCAAAUCGUCGCUGCCAGGCCACGUUCGCCACGUCGCGGCCAACACGGCCAGCACGCGCAAGCGCUCACGAGCCGGCACGAGCUCAAAGGCUAGAGUCAAAGUGGAAAGAGGGAUAGAGAAUGCUGCUAAGCUGGCCCGCAAAGCUGAGAGCAGCGCGCUGAGAAAGGAGAGAAAAAGGAGGGCUAAGGAGUGA